AGGUUGUCACCAGAGCAAUUGGAUCAUGCUUCUAAAAAUGUUCUCGUCCUCUAAUUAUUCGCAAAUAUUUACAAUUUCCCGCUGUCAGGGGAGUUCAUCGCUCAUAGGAAAGUUAAAAAAUGCUGUGCGAGUAAAAUCAAUAUGCGAUUUGAUCCGAGAAAAUCACUUCUGCUGUCCGUGGUUCGUUUUGCUCUCGCCUGGAGUCAACUGCCAAAUCUUCAGCCCGGGGAUACCGCACCAUCAUUUGCUCUCCAAACGGUUAAUGGCAGAAUUGUGUACAAGAAGAAUAAUGGAAACCCUAGAACGUCAACGCACCCGGUCAUAUUUCACCUGUUCACCAAGCGAUCGGCUUUCUUGGAAGCGUUGUGGACAAAUGAAACUUCUCUGCAAGAGUUCAUCGAGUAUUCACCAGGGAAUACUCACUACGUAUUCAUGUCAUCCUCGGACUCUACAGCCCUAGAGGACGUGCUUUGGCUACGAAAAACUCUACAUAAAGCAGUAGAGAAUUACUUUAAAAGGAAGACAAAUGUAUUGCAACAGGAUUUGAAAACAACAUGCCAGAGGUACUAUAAAAAAAUCAGACAUGAUAAAAACAAUGAUUCUGUGGAAAAGGAACCCUUUUUCAAGCUGUCACAACUAAGAGAGCACCAUGCAACUGUAACUAAAGACAAAUGUGGCAAAAGUUGGGUGGCAUCAUGGAAAGAUAGGCUUCAUUUUGCCAGUCUUCCAGUAUAUGACUUUGGAAACUGGAUUCCCUAUGCAUUAAUGCACUGGCCUUGCUUUGGUACAGGCUGUGCACUGGCUCAAGUUGUCAUCAAAUCACAGGAAGGUGAAGUGAUGCUGGUAACACAGAGGUUGGAUGCAAGAUAUGAUUGGCUGCCAUCACCUCACAAUUUGAUUCACAAGGGUGCUCAUUAUCGUGUUGCUUAUUAUGGAAAUGCUUGUCACUUUAAAUCUGACUGGGAGGAAGAAAACAGGGAUGGUGUCAGUGACGAAACACAUGAAGAUCAGAAAACAAAGGCCCAGGGAGGGCAUAUUGCUUUAGUGUCUCCUGGUGGAGACUGCUCUUAUUUUACUAAGAUUCACAACAUGAACAAGGUGGGAGUUAAGGCAGUUAUAAUAUAUUCUGAAGAAGAUGCACCAAUUAAAGAACUGAGUUGCAAGGGUCACCACUGCUUCAAACCUCUUUACACACCAGCAUCAAUGAUUUCACAUAAGGAUGGUAUUCACAUCAAACACUUGCUGCGUGCUAAAAUGAAGCUUUAUGUUUCCUACCAGUUUACACCUCAAGAAAAUUUUUUCUUGGGUAUUGAUGGUCAGGGAAAACUGGCUGAAGUGGGUUUGUUUCUAUUCCCUUCAAUGAAGUUCAUGGCCUAUGAGGCAAAAUGGUUUAAUUACAAAACAGACUUAGUCCACAACUUGACUGGCAGUGCAAAGAUAAUCCAUGUGUUUAACCAUACACUAAUGGAAGGAAAGACUGGUGCAGUGAGAAAUAUAAGUCUUCCACCACUUGAAGAAUUACAGAUGUACAGAAAUGUAGAACUGGACAUGUCCUUGUACUGCCCUGGUAAAAGUGACUACUCAUGUCCUCAUUGGGAUCAUGUUGUCCACCUCACUGUUUGUUGUGAUAAAACCAGUCCACUGUGUGGGGAGGAGUUGGGCCGCUGGAUAACACCUUACAGGAGGUCUGUAGGACGUUGGUUGACAAACAUCACACCUUUAUUACCUCUGUUUACAUCUGAAACCUGUACUUUGCAAAUGAAACAUCCUUUCUGGGAGCGAGCUUGGAAGCCUUCUCUUGAUAUCAGGCUGUCUGAUCAUGUUAGAUUCUCAACACAAGCGUACAGUGCACGACAAGAGGAUCAAUACAAUGUUCCCUUCAAGAUAAUCAAAUUAUUCAGAGGUGGCAAGUUUGAUAAGAACUACAACAAAAAAUAUCACACUCGCAUCGUUAGAAUUCCACCUGAGACCACUCAAGUUAAACUUGUGGCCACCAUUAGUGGCCAUGGCAGUGACAACAAUGGUUGUGCGGAGUUCUGUGUCACAUCUCAUCAUUUCAUUGUAAACGGACAUUCAAAUGUACAAGUAUUUAAAAACGCAGCUACAGCAAUGGGCUGUGCCAACCGAGUCAAGGAUGGGGCGGUGCCAAACGAGCAUGGUACAUGGCUUUAUGGAAGGGAUGGGUGGUGCUGUGGAAUGGACGUGGUGCCCUGGGUAGUGGAUAUCACAGAACAAGUUCGUUUUGGAGAUUAUAGAAACGAAGUCAAGUAUUUUGGUUGGUUUAAUGGUACUGACCCACACCCCAUCAGGGAUCCGGGAGAGAUAAUUAUGCGGUCGCACUUGGUUUUUUACAAAUCUGUACAGGAUCAAUUUUCUGACGAAGUUUGACGAUGACAUUACUGCCACCGUGCCAUAUUAUGCGCGGUUAGCAUCUAUAAGUUUUGUAGUCUUUCAAUUUUAUCAGUAAAGAGUAUGUUUAUUUUCGAUUUGUCUUUCCGAGUCGUUCCUGUUAGACUAAAGAUGUGAUUUCAUUUUUACGUAAAAGAUAGAGGGGAAAACCAUGUUUGUUAACAAGAGAAUGAAUUAUUGUUCAUGUUUGAUCGACAAACUGGGGAUUUGCCACAGCUUCUUUAGCCAUUCUCUGAGAAACCUCUGAACGCUUCUAGGGAAAUACGUAACGGCUUUUUAUCAAACCCGCGAGCCCGCCUUUAUGAAUCUUUGGAUUGGUUUGUAUCACUGAAUGUCCGAAACACCAAAAGCGUAUAUCAGCACUACGCUAGUCUAAAAAUUCAAAUGCAAUUUGCAAUCCUGUUCUUAAAACAAACCCUGGCUUGGCCAAGACCUUCUAUUUCCAGGGAACAUUGCCAUCGUUGCUGAACUAUAACGAGGUGCUAAGGAGAACAGUGGAACAACAAGA